AUGGUGGUGUCAACUGCCGUUUACAGAAAGAGGACUAAGGACGAGUCUGACCGCGCUACAGUCGAGCGGGUGUUGGACCCGCGCACUGUCCGAAUACUUCAUCGACUGCAGAAUAAAGGCAUCUUCGCCAAGGUUAAUGGCUGCAUCAGCACUGGCAAAGAGGCCAACGUGUACAAUUCUGCUAGUGACAAUGGUGACCGGGCCAUCAUGGUCUAUAAGACAUCUAUUUUGGCAUUUAAGGACCGCUCCAAAUAUGUUACCGGAGACUUCAGGUUUCGACGCGGCUAUUGCAACCAACCCCGCAAAACGGUGAAGAUGUGGGCUGAGAAGGAGCUGAGAAAUCUUCUGAGAAUGAGACAGGCGGGCAUUCCUUGUCCUGAGCCUAUUCUUGUGAGGAACCAUGUCCUAGUCAUGGAGUUCCUUGGCGUGAAUGGCUGGCCCUCUCCGCGCCUGAAGGACGCUAAAGAUGUGUCAGAAAGAGGGUGGAGUUCGCUCUACCAGGAAUGCAUCGAGCUUAUGAGGGAAAUGUACCAUAAGUGUCGCCUCAUCCAUGCCGAUUUGAGCGAGGUCAAGAUGCUGUAUCACCAGGGUCAACUAUUCAUCAUUGAUGUGUCUCAGUCGGUGGAGCACGACCAUCCUCAGGCUAUGGUGUUCUUGCGCAUGGACUGUGUCAAUGUCACAGAUUUCUUUGUGAAGAAGGAAGUAUGCUGUAUGUCAUACAAAGAACUUUUUAAUUUCAUGACGGACCUGUCCAUAAACGAGGAUAACAUGGCGGCCUAUUUAGACAUUACCGAGGAAGAAGCUACUCAGUACGCAGAGAAGGGCAGAAGGCGGCCAGACUGCAAAGCAUCAGGUUGA